AUCCUAAAUACCAAUACAGGUAAAGACUCGCUGGCUUCAUACUACGUAGUCUCAUAAAACUCGGAACCUCUUAAUCGCGCGUCAUUCCCACUCUCUUCGAUCAAACUCCAGAAUCCAAAGCGAAGCGACAAAAGAUCGAUGGCUCCUCCUGUAAAGCCAAUAACGAGCCCGGUGCCUGAUGCAUGGUACCCAACCCUAGCCGUCUUCAUGCUUGUCAUUGGUCUUGUCCUCGCCGCUUCCUUCUUCAUCUACGAAGCAACUUCUUCUAAACGAAAUCGCUGCCUUGCAAAGGAGCUCACCACAGGGGGAGUGGCAUCUGUCUUCCUGGGAUUUGGGUCAUUGUUUUUGUUACUUUCAGCAGGUGUUUAUGUAUGAUUUUAAUAUUUUCAAACCAUUUUAUUAAUUUGGUGAACAGAAUGGAGCAUCACGGAAUUGACAUCGUUACUUACAGACAAUUUUGUUAUUAAUCAGAUAAAAAGAUAGUAUAUAUGAC